AUGAGCGAUCAAACUGAAUUAUACAACCAGCCAAUUGUUUUAGAUAAUGGAUCUGGUAUCAUUAAAGCUGGUUUCAGCGGUGAAGAUAAGCCGAAAUGUUUUGAGUAUUCUAUUGUGGGGACACCGAAGUACAACAAAAUCAUGGCGGGAGGACUGGAAACAGAUACUUUUCUCGGGAAUAAAGCACAGGAAUUACGUGGACUCUUGAAACUUCAUUAUCCCAUUGAGCACGGUGUUGUUGAAGAUUGGGCUCAUAUGGAGAUGCUGUGGUCGCAUGUUUUUGAUAAGGGUCUUGAAUUAAGUAAUGUGGAAGAUCAUCCAAUUUUGAUGACAGAAGCGCCUCUAAACCCGAUGAAAAAUAGAGAAACCAUGUGUGAAGUACUCUUUGAAUCUUUCAACAUUCCGGCCGUGUAUGUAUCGAUUCAAGCUGUAUUGUCUUUGUAUGCUAGCGGAAGAACAACCGGGUGUGUAUUGGAUUGUGGUGAUGGAUGCUGCCAUAGUGUUCCUGUUUUUGAUGGGUUUUCACUUGCAUCUUCUAUCCGUAGAAUAGAUAUUGCCGGCCGGGAUAUUACAGAGUUUUUGCAGUUGCUUUUAAGGAAGACGACUGGCGUGUCACUUUUUUCGAGCAGUGAGAGAGAAAUUGUUCGUCUCAUAAAAGAGAAGGCAUGCUACGUAGCAACAAAUAUUGCAGAAGAAGAAGGGAAGUACAAAUUAUCAAGCUCAGAAACAUUGUCCAACUUCAAGUUACCGGAUGGAAAAUUACUCUCGCUUGGGGCUGAGAAGUUUCGUGCGCCGGAGAUUUUGUUUCAACCCCAGCUUAUAGGCUCAGAAUUCGAAAGCCUACCGGACAUGUGCUUUCAAAGUAUUAUGAAAGUUGAUUUAGACUUGAGAUCUUCACUUUUUUCAAAUAUUGUUCUCAGUGGAGGAACCACUAUGUUUCGAGGUUUCGGAGAUAGACUUCUUAAUGAGCUUCGAGCACUAACGGAACCUAACACAAAAAUUAAAAUAUUCGCUCCUCCCGAGAGAAAAUAUAGCACUUGGAUUGGUGGAUCCAUCUUAGCAGGGUUAUCGACAUUCAAGAAGAUAUGGGUGACGAGGUCAGAAUGGCAAGAUGACCCUCAAUGCAUUCAUUCACGUUUCAUGUGA